AUGCGCUACGAACCCGACGUCAAGGCACUCAUUGCCAAGUGCUCCACGCCCCCUCCCCCAGGCUCUCCCUAUGGCCUCCCCAUCCCCGGCUCCGAGACCGAGAAUCGCACUGCUGUCUACCGCAACUGGGCUUUUCGCGACGGCCCUCUGCUUGAGAGACUCGAACCCCACUGCCUGACCUUCCAUGAUCUCUUCGAGGAGGCAUGGCAGGCUCGCCCUACAAAGCGCAUGCUGGGCCACCGGCCCUGGAACCCGGCCACCCAGACCUGGGAGCCAAAGUACGUGUGGAUGUCAUACGCUGAGGUUGCUGAGAGGAGGAAGAAUCUCGGUGCUGGUAUCGCGGAGGUGCAUCACCGUAUCGGUGUCACGGCCCAAAGCUAUGGCGUUGGAAUCUGGUCCCAGAACCGGCCGGAAUGGCAGAUCACGGAGCUUGCCCUGGUCUCGCAGUCCUUGUACCCUGUGACGUUGUAUGAGACGCUGGGCCCUCAAACAACCGAGUUCAUCAUCAACCAUGGCGAGUUGGCAUGCGUUGUGACUUCACUGCCGCAUAUUCCAACCCUCCUGAAGAUAGCACCCAAGGUACCCUCGCUGAAGCUCAUCAUCUCGCUCGACUCAUUGGACGACGGGGAGAUGAAUGGACACUCCAAGAAGGAGCUGCUGAACAAGAUGGCAGCCGAUAGCGGGAUACAGAUAUUCUCAAUCGCCGAGGUGGAAGCGAUUGGAGCAAACUCUGGACGACAGAUGCGGCCUCCCCGAAAGGAAGACAUCUUCACAAUCAACUACACCUCCGGAACAACUGGCGACCCCAAGGGUGUUGUGCUCACCCAUGCAAACUCUGUUGCCGGAAUCUCUUGUGCGCGUUCCUCUGGCACCGUUGGAGAGCACGACGUUCACAUGUCGUACCUCCCAUUGGCCCAUAUAUACGGGCGCAUGGCUGACCAGGCUGCGUUCCUUGCCGGUGCUCCGGUUGGAUAUUUCCACGGCGAUGUCGCCACCUUGGUCGAGGAUAUGAAAAUCCUACGCCCCACUGGUUUCAUGUCGGUGCCCAGACUUUUCAACCGUUUCCAGGCUGCUCUGACCACAGCUACUGUCCAAGCCGAGGGAGUGAAAGGAGCUCUGUCCAGGCACGUCAUUAACUCGAAGAAGGCUGCCAUGAAGCUUCCGCCAGGCAAGGCAUCGAACAAGCAUAUCCUGUACGACAGAAUUUGGACACCGAAGGUACGGGCAGCGGUCGGUCUGGAUCGUGUGCAUUCAAUGGUUAGCGGUAGUGCCCAGCUGGAUCCAGAUGUACAUCAAUUCCUGCGAGCUGCAUUCGGAAACGACUUCUGUCAGGGCUUCGGAAUGACCGAGACAUACGCAGUGGGGACAGUGCAGUACAAGGACGACUACACAACCGGUAACAUCGGUGCCCCAAUGGCCUUUGUGGAGGUCUGCCUUGAGUCCGCGCCCGACUUGGAAUACAACGUUACAGACAAGCCCAACCCUCGCGGCGAAUUACUACUGAGGGGCCCCAUCGUCUUCCAGGGCUACUACAAGAACGAGGAAGAAACGAAGAAGACCAUUGGCCCAGACGGUUGGUUCCACACAGGCGACAUCUGCGAGAUCGACAACAUGGGCCGGUUGAAGAUCAUCGACCGCAAGAAGAACGUGCUCAAGCUCGCCCAGGGCGAGUACAUCUCGCCCGAGCGCAUCGAGAACGUCUACAUGGGCAGCACGCCCAUCAUCCAGACGGCCUACGUGCACGGUGACCCCAAGGAGAGCUCGCUGGUUGCCGUGUUCGGCAUCGACCCGGAUCAGUUCGCGCCGUAUGCGAGCAAGAUCCUGAAGAGGACGGUCUCGGCCUCCGACCGCGCAGAGCUGAAGGCUGCGGCAAACGACCCCAAGGUCCGAAAGGCUUUCAUAAAGCAGCUGGACGAGUUCGGCAAGAGGCACAAGUUCAACAGCUACGAGAGGGUGCGGAACUGUUAUAUGGACAUUGACCCUUUCACGAUUGACAACGAGCUCUUGACGCCGACGCUCAAAAUCAAGCGUGUCCAGACGGCGCGGGCUUUCAGGAAACAAAUCGACGACAUGUACGCAGAGCUGUCUCGGCAGGGCGAGCUGACCAAGGCGAAGCUGUAA